AUCUGCGCAGUAGGCGAGAGUGCGCUCCGGUUCACGUUCCCCUCACCGACCCCGCCGCCGCGAUGCCGAUGAAAGGGCGCUUCCCCAUCCGCCGGACCUUGCAGUACCUGAACCAGGGCGACGUCAUAUUUAAGAGCUCGGUCAGGAUCAUGACGGUGAAUUACAACACCCACGGGGAGCUGAGCGAGGGAGCCAGGAAAUUUGUGUUUUUCAACAUUCCUCAGAUUCAGUACAAAAACCCUUGGGUGCAGAUCAUGAUGUUCAAGAACAUGACGCCAUCGCCGUUCCUGCGGUUUUAUUUGGAUUCCGGUGAACAGGUCCUGGUGGACGUGGAGGACAAGAGCAACAAAGAGAUCAUGCAGCACAUCAAAAAGAUCCUGGGGAAAACCGAGGAAGUCCUCAAGAUGGAAGAGCUAGAGAAAAAGAAGCUUUCUCACCCAGCUAAUUUUGGACCCAAAAAGUAUUGCCUGCGGGAAUGUAUUUGUGAAGUAGAAGGACAGGUCCCCUGUCCGGCUGUCGUUCCUUUGCCCAAGGAGAUGACGGGCAAGUACAAAGCUGCUCUGAAAGCCAGUGCCCAAGACUGAGGGCCCACUGUGGAGACUUCGGAUGCCUGGGACAUCCAGGCCGGUGCUGAAAGCCACGGGCCUUAGAGACCAAGUGAGACCAAGGCAGAGAUUCACGCAGUCUCAGCAGCUGGGAAGCUCCGAGACCUCUCCAGAGCCCAGGAAGGCCCAAGCUACCUUGUAUUCCAAAGGACCCAUUUUGGAGACUUGGCACAAGACUAGAGGAAGAAGACAAAACAACAAGGCUGGGGGAUAGAAGAGAAAAGACUUGUUUUGCUAAUAAAACACUGUGUUGCUUCUAAAAAUGUGAUUUCCUAGUUCUCUAAGACAAGGGAACAUUUUUACUAAGAGAUGCAUUUGUUUACUGGGUAGUGACGAUGUAAAAACUGCCUAGAGUUGGUAUCAUCAGGUCUCUAAGCCUCUCUUUGACCCAACUUGAUGUAUUUUGAUGCCAAGUCGUCCCCACCCCCAUAUUCUAGCCUUCAUAACCAUGAGACUGCUGUGUUUUAAGGGCUGCAAGUGAUAAUGGGCUUUCAACAUUUAUGCAACAAUAACAUAAAAGUCUUUAAAGGUAUUGUGUGAAAUUAAGAGAUUUUAAUUGCAGUUAUGGGGAUGAUAAUUUAGUGUCAGCAUUUCAACCUAAAUUUUGUUUUCAUAUCAAGGUGAAUUUAAACUGCAGUCUAUCAAUCAAUUACAUGGUAUUAAAUAUCCCAUACACAACUGUGUGGGAUCAGUUUGCUUUUAAAAGGUCCAGUUCUUUACACUGAGGCAUUAAAACCUAGAAAUAGUUAACAAAGGCUUGAUUCCCUUCUUUCUGGUAACUGGGUACUUGCUUAUAGUUCCUGAGUCCUUCAGGAGAAAGAAACACAGUUGUUAGGAGAACUAGCAGUGACCAACCAGAAUGCAACUGGAAACCUUUGACGUGUCUUAUCACACCAGCAUGGAGUCUAGAAGACCUGAGAUCAGAUCUAAGGUCAGGCACUUACUAGUCCAGCCCUGUGUGGCCCUGGGCAAGGCAAUUGACCUGUUUCCUAAUAAUAGCACCUCUCCCCCAAGGUGUGAGGAUCAAAUGAAAUAAGGGGAAUAAGCAUCCUUAUCACCCAAGCACAGUGUCUGGCACAUAAGAAGUGCUAUAGAAAUAUUGAUGAUUAUUAUGUAGUUAGCUAAAGGUAAGACAGAAAAAGGAAACUAAUAAAGUUAGUGAAACAAAACUAGUAAAAGUACAAUGGGGGACUGGAGCCUGCGGGCGAUAUGAAUAGAGCUAAUGGAAAGAGGAUUGUUUUGAAACAGAUUAAGCUAGAAAA